AUGCGUUUCUUGUGUCUCCAUGGCAUGGGGACGAGCUCCGACAUCUUCUCCUCGCAACUAGGUGUCAUUAUCGCCGAUCUAGAGCGCCUAGGCCAUGAAUUCGUCUUUGUCGAUGGAUUGCAUGAGUGUAAUACGUCUUCCGAUGUGGCUGCUGUCUAUCCGGGGCCGUACCUGUGCUACUAUCCCCUUCCGACUCCUGAAUUAGUCCGCGCUGCCCACGAACAAAUUUUUGAUGCUAUCGCUGAAGAAGGUCCUAUCGAUGCUAUCAUAUCCUUUUCGCAAGGCGCAGCUCUAGCUGCAUCUAUACUCCUUCAAGAUGCGAAGGAGAAGCCACACGAGGAUAUGAUUGGAUUGGCCGUUUUCAUUUCGGCUAGUCUACCGUUCGAUCUAGACGACGAGACGGGCGCAGAUAUCUGGCGAUCGACUCAAGACAGCGCCAAGCGUUCCCUCGCCGCAGUGUCGGACCCUUUAGCAUCAUCACAGAACUUCGCCAAACAAGUCCCUACUGGAAACGUUCGACCGGGAGAAUCUUGCGGCGAGUUGAGCUUCGAUAACGCGCCAGGUAUUCCAGAUGACCCAUACAAUUUCGACGGACAAUUGCUUCGGCGCUAUCACCCAAUGGAACUCCCUUUUGGCAUGCAGAUACAAAUUCCCAGUCUACAUAUUUUCGGGAACAAUGACCCGUAUGUGGGACAGGCGCGAUUGCUCGUGGAGCUUUGUGAUGAGAGAAUGAGGAGUUCAAUAACCCAUUCUGAAGGGCAUUCGGUCCCGAGAGGUGCUACAUUUCGACAGAAAGUGGUGAAGGCUAUCUCAAGUAAGGCAGAUGGCGCGAGCUUUCAUAGGCAUUAA